GUUAUCGACAUGGCGGCUCUUACGGUGAAUUCAUUGUUGACUGGCUACCUUUGGAUUAUUGGAGCUAACUACUGUUACUCUCCGAAACUGGUAUUUAUCGCCGGUUCCAUGGGUCUCGGUCUAUGGUGUUGCGCAUGCAUGAACUGCUUGCUGUUAGCAAUUAAUCGGUUUCUGGACGUGUCAAAUAAACAGUUCAAGCAAACGCUGUUCGGAAAGAAGCGCACGUAUUUGGUUCUUCUGCUUCCGUUCAUCUACUGCCUAUACUUCAUACUUUAUACACCACCUGUUCUAUUCAAUUCAGAUCAUAUGGCUUGGUUUUUUACAACUUUUGCACCGCAAAGCAACAUUGAAAAUUUUUUCAUUCAAUCGUCGUUAAUUUGCCUCGUGAACCUUGUGGCGUCAGUGAUUUACGUCUACAUGCAGUUCUUCUACACACCGCCUUCUUUCGUCGUAGUCGGUCACAUGGGUUGGCAACUCGGUCAUGGUAACACUGUUUCAUGUGCCUAUUAG